AUGUCUACAGCGUUGUACAAAAGACAGGAUAGCACCCAAGGCAGCCCAGGAUCUGCAAAUGUAAGUAUAUCAGCUGCUUUAUUUCUAUUGCGUUGCAGAUAUUCUACUGACUAUAUUCUAUAAUCUUCAGUAACAAAAGAGAAUUAUUCAUUUAUACUGUUUGUUUAUUAUAGUCAUAGAAACGUUUAUACUUCCUUGUUAAAUUAAACUUUUAGCCUUUUUUCCUUUUCAAUGUUUUGCUAUUGUGCAUAAUUCUGAUUAUUCGUUAAAAACAGCUGUCCUAACAGCCUUAUUUUAGUCGAUUCGUGUAAAGAAUCGCCAAUUUUACGAAUUAAUGAUUUCAUACGUUUAGACAUUUUGCUGCUUUGUGUUUUCGCCAUGCAAAACUCCGCUCAAGAGAACAAAUUUCGUCCAUUCGCUUUGUGAAAGUAUCAAUAGAACAAAGAAUGCCUAAUUUCGAACGAAAUAUACUGGAAAAGGUUACAAUUUAAAGUAAAAAUGUGCAGAAAUUGGAGAUUUUUGUUCGAGAAGAUUGAGUUUUUUUCUUGGCAGUGGCCAGCGCGUGGGAGGCAGGAUGUUAUAACGGGCAGGAAGUUAUAAGAUUGUUGAGAUUCUUUCGUACUAGUUUGGCCUAGACGUUCUUAAUGGAAACGUUCUUCACCAAAUGUACCAGCAACUUGAGCAGCUGAAUGUACGUGGAAUUACAUCAAUAUUUAGCAAAAAACUCAGUAAAAUAGGUGAAUUGAAAGAAAAUUGAAGAUUUUGUAUGACAAUUGAAUCGUAGCUGUAGGAGUCAAAACAACCUUAUCAUCUUCGCACGUAAAAAGACAAUGGCAAUGGUUUUAAUGCAAAUUUUAAUUGCUAUGUUUACAUGUUGUAGCAAUGAUGGAUUUGAUGAAUGUAGGAAUUGUUGGUGACUCGUGUCGACAAAAAUAUGAUUAUUUGAAUUAAAAAAAGACAAUUUAAAUAUCAAAUUGUCUGCAAAUAUAUAAUUGCUGUUCACAACUUUAAACUAUGUUUAAGAGGCAAUUUUUUUUCAAUGUCGCAAUGAAAUUCGUUCCCCUCGAAAUUACUUUGUUUUAGCUUUAUUCUGUACUUUACAAAGUUAGCAACCUUUUUUAAAUGUAUCUGUUGGUUGAGAAACAUAAAAUAAUAGUUAAAUAUUGUUAAUUUAAAUACAAUUAUCAUUAAUUCUGUAAAAUUGACGCCAUAUUUAUACAGCAAUAUAAGCAAAAUUUACUGUGAACUUCAGACGUCAUUUUCUCUAUGGCCUACCAGCUAAAAUCUCGUCAUUUCAGGGUUAUUUUACAGAUAAAGCACUAAAUGUCUAAGUGCACUCUGUCUAACGCCAGACUACUUUACUCUGUCUAACGCCAGACGAUUUUACUCGUCAAUGGGAGAGCGCUGGCGAACCCAAUGACUAGGCAUGUCAAAUAUUUGACUAAAUAGGCAACCAGAACUGUCAUAUAAUUGCAUUGUUAUCUAGACAUUUCUAAUAUAUUUAACAAAGCAGGCACAAAUUUGAAUAUUAUGUUUGACACGCCUAUAGCCAUAAUAGCCACUUGGCUCUAUGUUCAUGAAUGUCUUUAGUUUUCUCAUUCUAUAUAGACAAUCAAUCAGGCAGUGACCUUUGGACAAUGUUGGCAAACAAAAUAUCCUCAGAGUGACGGUUGGCAUAGCCAGGGUCUUGUACAUAUUUUGCCAUUUGGGGAUGAAAAUCGAGAACAAAAUGACUAUUGACGACAAAUGACCGCUUUUUACUCUGGCCUCUUAAAAUGGGGAGUCUUAAAAUGUCUAUUUUCUGUAUUUUUGGAUUUUUAUAUUUCAACAUUUACAAACCAUUAUUACAUCUUCUCAUUAAAUAUGUAGUAUAAUGCAAUCUAACUGGCCUUUAAAUUAACUACAAUUCUGACAAAACGAUCCGACACCCUAUUAAAACAUUCCUCCGUGGGUUUUCAGUACUAUUGCCGGACCGGAAUACUUUACUCUUUCGCCUCAUCCUCCACCCCACCCCAUUGUACAUUUUGGCCAGCUCUCGCAAUCCGUGUUUCCAGUUAUAAAAAUUGCACUUUUGAUUCAAAUUUCUAUAAAGAAAGUUUUAUAGAAUCACUUUUUCGUCUGAAUCCUGAGUUGUGUUUUAAAAAUCGUUUGAAUUUCCUGUAGGUUGUGCUGUACCACUCUGACACUCCUGUUCUAAGUGUGCAACAGGGAACAACUUUUGGCUUGACAAAAAUGUUGUACGAAUCGAUUGGCGGACAUGAUCAAAUUAUUGGCUUGAGGCAACGGCAAAAUUCUUCUGCUUUGACUUGUAUUAUAACACAAGACCAGACUGUUUUAACUGAGCGAGAAUAUGACAUCUUACAUGGUAAGUGGUGGUAGGGUUACGAGCUGGUCCUCACUAUUUUAUUUGUCCGCGCUUUCUGUUUACUCGCAACAGAAGAAUGUAAAUCUAAGCAUUUUACCUUCUGAUAUAUAUAUAUAUAUAUUUAGUAUAAUUACAUAGGUGAUUAUUGAAAAUUCUCCACGCUGAUUGGUUGCCGUUGAGGUGAUUAUUACGCGAUAAUCACCUAAGCGAUUUUCAAAAUGGCGGCCGAAGCCUUUUUUGUCAAUUAAAUGACGAAGAAAUGUGUAUUUUUUUUUUUUUCCAAAUAAUCACCUAUGAAAUUAUACUAAAACAAUUAUUCACCUCAGGCUUGGUGAUUAUCGUGAAUAAAAACCUCGACUUCGUCUCGGUUUUUAUUCACCGAUAAUCACCUCGCCUUCGGCGAAUAAUUGUUAAAUAUAUAUAUAUAUAUAUAAAAGCAUUUGUUAUAUUAAGCUAUAUGAUAAUAUGGUUAAUUAGACUAUAUGUUAAACUUAUCUGUCCGAGUGGGCAUUGCAACUUGAUAGCAUGGUUCAACAGUUCAAGCGUAUCCAGCAUGUUGUCUUCUUUCUACUCGUUAUAUAUCAGCGCUUCAAAGCAGCUUCGUCUUCAGCCAUGGAGUCUUCUUGAGAGUCGAGUCUCGUUCCUCUUUCUUCACUGAUGCUAAUGUUCACUGAUGCGUGAAGCUUUUUAUACAGUUAGUCAGAGGAUGAUUUUGCCAUCUUGACGCAUUUCCUAUACGCAAUGUUGUGGUCGUUGGUAGAAAGUUCUCUGAUCACAUUCAUGUGCGUUGACGUUAUUUGUGGACAAGGCGUUUUCUUUAAUCCGUUUAGAACUAUUUGCUUACUCAUGCAUGUAAGCUAUAAUAUGAAUAAGAAUAAGCUAUAUAGUAUAAUAGUUAUAUAUAAUAAUAUUUAAUAUAUGCAAAAUUACAUGAUAUUGCUCAUCAUGUAACAGUAGGGUUUUGCGGCAUUUAAUUAAAUGCACAACUAUAAAAUUGCAUUGAAAUGUGGAAUUCCAGUGUAGGUAGUACUGGAUAAUAUAUAUAUGUAUUGGUUGAAAAUCUUUGUUUCUCCCGCAGAUAGCACUUCUCCAAGUACUGGAAAAUCAAGCCAAAAUCCACCAAGUUCGCCGGUAAUCUCAUAAUUAUAGAAAAAAUAUUUUCUUCUAAGAUCAAUAGAAGAAUAAUGUACGUUCAUGAAGAAAGUAUAGUUGUGUACAAAUUUGAAGGUCCUGAAAAGGUAAAAUAGGAAAGUGGAUUUGCCUAUCUGUCUGAGGGGGGGGGGGGCUAUAUGAUAUAAUAAUCUCCCACCCCAGGGUAUAAAGAAUGAACGGUCUCUUACACUGUUGUUUACUUUCUAGGUCGAAGAAUCCCCGCUAAGAUUGCAAUGCUUUUAUUGCAAGAAAUUCUUCGCAUGUCGCAGUACUUACGAAAACCACAUAAGAACACAUACAGGCGAAAAACCGUUUCGAUGUAAUGUUUGUGGUCGAUGUUUUAGCAAUCAAGGCAACCUGAAACAGCACCUGCAUAUUCAUCGUGACGUCAAACCUCAUGUUUGUGACAUCUGUGGUCGAGGUUUUACCCGCUCCAACAGACUACGAGAUCACAAGCACGCACACCAAUAUGAACUAUACAUGCGCACGCAAGUUCCGUGGACAGCGACACAAAAAUGAUAACAGAGAAUUGUGCUCAAACUGUCAAGUACUUCAUUGUAAAUACCUAUAUUACUCACAAGUUUUUCAAAUUUCAAGUACUACUUACGCCAUUUUUAACAUGCGUAAUACGUAUUACGUACCAGAUGCCGGGUUGAAAAAACGUCGUCUUGAUCGACUUUUUUAGUGUAGAACUUGCCAGAUUGAUGGUCUCACCAACUGGAUUUCAAAUUAGUUUCCCUGCUAAAAUUCAUCUCUAAAAGUUAGCUUGCAUGACUAACGCAUAUAUAUAUAUAUAUAUAUAUUGUCUGUGCCGUGUAAUAUAUUUGAAUCUUGAACGGCAAACUGCUUUUCUGAAUUUUAGCUACAAGCGCAACAUGAUUUAACAUGGAAUUUAUCAUAAGGAGUAUAUAUGCCAAUUUUGUAUAUAGGGAAAUGUAUAGCAACGAAUGGAAUAUACCCGUUACAAGUUUAGGGGCCAGCCAGGGGGGUCCGUGGUACCCUAAAUACCUGAUAAAUAUGGAUCAAAAUACCUAUUAAUACGGUCAAAAUGUUUACAAAAUACCAGUAAAACUGCCAGAAGACUUUAUACCUAAUAUCCCGCAAAAUUAGUCAUAACAUUGAAGUAAAUAUACAGUAUACUCAAAUUAAAUACUCAUUAGAUCUUGUAUAUACCCAAAACCCCAUGGCCGAUACCCUGGUUCCAGAGGCUCUUUGCGAGCAAUCUCGUUCCCUGAGCCUGCGAUCCUCGGGAAGGAACGCGAGGCUCUGGGAUAAUCCGUUGCCGGAAGCCAGGAAUUCUGGCUAAGAUCGAACUACGCAUUCUAUUUCAACGGCCAAUCAGAUUCCUCCCUGAAACGGAUUAUCCCAGAGCCUCGCGUUCCUUCCCGAGGAUCGCAGGCUCGGGGAACGAGAUUGCUUUGCGAGGCGAAAUAGGGUACAACCGAAAUUUACUUGGGAACCAUGCUUAGAAAUAUGACAUAACCAUGUGGAAACACUGAUCCUUUGAUAAUUUUCCUCAUCAAGUCUUUUGUCCAACUUCGUGGCCAACCUCGUGGAACGAGGGAGAACGUGGUUGGUCUUUUGUCAACCUCAUUCCGGUCUUUUGUUUGCUUCGCGCUACACGUUGGCAGCGCUGAAUUCUAUCUCGCGUAUUUUUAAGUAAAGCAAGCCAGUCGUGAAUUAUGUUGGCGAGGUCUUUACGCAGUGUUUUGCAGCAAAACAGGCAAAUUAUUUUGCCCAUUUCAGGAGGUAACGCUUUAUUUUGUUUUGCUUUUGUUGAGAUUUAUAUGAGGUGCGUUUGGAAUACACGUACUACAUAGCUAGAUAAUAGAUACAUUAAAGUAUGUACCCUACGAUAUCCUGUAGUCUAUAGAACAUCCUUUUGUAAACAAUACAUUCCGACAUUAAAUUCUUGCACAAUUGCUACAAUAUGCAAGGCAAGUUAAAAUUUAAUACAUAGUUAUUUCAACACCUAUAUAUAAAAUAUAAAACAUUUUAAAAAUAGUAGAGGAUUUGUACUGUAUUGUUCACUUGUAAACAAUACCUUCCAAUAUAACAGCACAUGUACGAAGCAGUGGUAUAUUCUGAAAAUCACGUAUUUAUUGCAAUACCUAUGUGAUAAAUUCGUGCAUAUGCAUUCGUAUUGUCAAGUUGCCAUGCAAAACGUCAAAUUGACGUUAACAGUUGGUAGGUGGGUCAAGAUGAUUAUUCUGUGUCGUGUUCACGAAUUUCCCCGUGGCAAAAUGAAUAUUUUAAAGAAAAUCUUACUAUUAGAUAUGGCACACUUUCAAAACCAACCAGUGUGGGCCGUGGGGUGAGUUUAGAUAAUAAUGUCAAUUUGACAUUUUGUGUGGCAACUUGAAUGUGGAUGUGGUGCCUUAGGGACUGUUUAUAUGGAAGUGUGCUGGUCCAAUUUAAUGAGACAGCCUGGUAAGUCAGGAUGAAUUUGUUGUGUGUUCGACUGUUCGUUGGCCCUCUGCUAAAACUGCAGGCUCAGGAACAAGAUGUAUACUAUAAAGAUGUGUUUACACAUUGUGGCAAUGCGCCCUGAUGCACCCUACUUUACAAUUUUACUGGUCAAGGAGAGAGUGCUGCCAUUUGAUGGGGUAAAUUGAUUUUCAUUGAAAAGUUUGAAAAGAAGACGCAUUUAGAAUGACAGUUUGCUUAUUUUGUAUAUGUACGAGCACUCGAGCAGAUGGUGAAUUGGGGAGAAUUUGGAGCGGCAGUUUUAUUGACCAAAGUCUGAAUUGCAACAUUAUAUUAAAUUUCUAUUCAAAUGUCGUAUGUUACUGAAAUAAUUACAUUACUAAUAAUAAUUACAACAAUAAUUACUGUGCAACGUCUCUAUUUUGAGUCCAGUAUUAAAUUAUUAAUGUCCCGAUCAUGUCUGACAAAACAUGGAUUGGUCUUAUAUAUAUUGUCAGACCAUGUUUUGAGAAUUGUACUGAAUUCUGGAUACCUACAUGUAACAUGCUUGAUGCAUGCUUGUACAUGUUCUUAAAACUAUUGUUGCAUUAUUAUUUAUAUGCAUAAAAUUUGAUAUAAUAGCAAAUUCAAAAUUAUAGGUAAGCACUAUUAUUAUAUUUUUCUAGCAGCUCCUUCACGUUUACUCUCCAACAAUGCACCAAAGGAAAGGGUAAGGAUUAAGAAGACAUUUCUACUGUUGGUCACAGAGACUACAGGGUUUCCCAAAAAUAUGCAACAAUCAACCUUCAUCACACUCAGUUUAUCCGCUGUUUUGGGGGUAUUCAGCUAUGCCAAUUCUGCAUGAGAGAGUAUACACCGCGAAAUGUGACUUGUGCAUAUAAUUUGACAACAACGCUUUUCACGUUGCUUUGAUUGUUUAUAUUCUCUGACGUUGGAAAGAUGCAGUACCCCAAAAAUGACAGAUAUAUUGACCAUAGCCUUUUUAAACUAUAUAAUUGGGUGGGCAAUUCCCCCCAAAGAAUUGGAUUUGCAUACCAAUUUUGUCUUGUAGAAAACAACACAGUUAAGACGUAUGUUAGAAUCUCCUGAACUGGAGUUUAUUAUGGAAGCUCACAAUGGUCUGAGUGCCAAGAUCGUUCAGGAAGCAGGUAUGAUAAGUUGUAAUUUCUACGCAUGACGUUAAAAAUCUCUUCCAAUGGCAUUAGACAGGUUCAGAUUUGACUUCCGCUAUCUCUCACUGGCUUAGUAUGCAUCUGAUUGGUUAAUCGGAUAUAUCAAACACAUCUGAUUGGUUAAAUAAUAUCAGAUAUAUCAAACACAUCUGAUUGGUUUCAGCUAAUCAGACCACAGGCUUAGCAAAUAAUCAUUUUAUUAAUUACAAUGUUUCAGAGUAUAACCUUACUCUAUCUUAAAAAAGUAUGAUAUAUUGGUAUAAAAACUUUUUUGUGAGAACAAUUUAGAGACUGCCAUAUCAUAUAUCAUAAUACCUUUUUAACCUGAAGAUGGAGCAGAGGACUGGGUCUAGUCGCUUGUUUGGAGGGACAAAAAAUAAACAAUAUGCCGAAUAUGGCAUCUAGGACGUUUUCCUACAUUCCUAAAGUUAUUUGUGCAGCCUGAAACGCAAAAAUUAUAAUAAGGCAUCUUUUAAUAUAUAUUUAGCUCAUGCACUCACUAUAACUUGUUGUCCCUCCAAAUGUCCCUCCAAACAUCAACUAGACCCAGUCCUCUUGGGAUAUGGCUAAUUAAUUGUAAUACCUAUAUACUGUAGUUUUUGCUGGAAAAUUCGAUUUAACCAUUCUGAAUUGUUGAACAGGUCAUUAAACGUAUUUAUGAUGUAUUUCGUUUUCAGGAUUCAAGGGUAUCUGGGGAAGUGGUUUGUCAAUUUCCGCCCAACUUGGUGUUCGUGACAGCAACGAGGCUUCGUGGACGCAGGUUGUUGAUGUGCUGGAGUUCAUGAGUGACGUGACAGAUGUCCCUAUUUUACUUGAUGCUGACACAGGAUACGGGAAUUUCAAUAACGCCAGGAGACUGGUAACUAAGCUGGAACAGAGGGGCAUCGCGGGCGCGUGUAUGGAGGAUAAGUUAUUUCCAAAGACAAAUUCUUUGCUGGACGGUCGUGCCCAACCUCUUGCGGACAUUGAAGAAUUCUCCCUGAAACUUAAAGCUUGCAAAGGUUUGUCAAUGAUCCUGUGA